AUGGCCGACACAGCUGCAGACAAGGGCAAGGAGGGCAAGGGCUGGACUCCCGAGGAAGAGCUCGACCUCGUUCUCGCCGCCAUGUAUCAGAGCAACAGAUUCGCCGCCGUCCCCUGGGAUGCUGUCGCUGAGCAGCUCCAGAAGAAGUUUCCCACCAAGACCAAGGAGGGAUGUCGUCAGAAGUUUGCCAAACUCAAGAACGUCUACAUCACAAAGUUCGAGGUCGAUCCCAAUGAGACUGGCGGAGUCGCCAAAGGCAAGGCUACUCCCAAGACGCCCCGCAAGUGCAACGCUGCUUCUGGCGACGCCAACGAGGCUGGUGAGGCCAACGGUACUCCUUCGGCCAAGAAGCCCCGUUCCAACAAGAAGGCUGCUGCCGCUGCUGCCGCCGCCGCCAAGCAGGCCGAGGAGGAGAAUGCCACCAUUGAGGAGGAGGGCGAGGUUUAA